CAGUGAACUUUAAACCCUAUGAUUUAGUCGUGUAGCUUCAGCUUUAGUAGGGAACAGUGUAUACCUGCCCUGAGUCUGACUCCUCUGCUGUAAGGGGUCCACUUUGACCUGCUUGGAUUCUGUUCUGACUCGGUUUAACUGCUCUGUCUGCAGAGUCUCAGAGCUGCUGGGUGUUAGUGGACUGACUGCAGCUCAUUAGAAUACAUCACACUUCCUCUUUAAAGAGGAAAUAAGAUCAUUACUGUUAGAUCUGCAGCAGAGAAACGUCUUUCAGUUUUCAGCAGCUGAUAGAAGGACAGGAGAUGUUGGAGCUGAUUCUGAUCGUUGUUUUUCAUGUUGAAGGAACUGAAGGAGGAUAUCUUCAACUCUAUCAUAGAUCUGGAGAUGAUGCCGUUCUACCUUGUAGCAGUUCUACAAACUGCUCCACUAUUAACUGGUUUUACAGCAGAGAUUCGUCCACUGAUCAUCAGCAGGUUAAGGAUGGAAAAGUUCAGAGUUCACCUCGAGCUGCCAGGUUAAAUGUGGACAAUAACUGCUCUCUGAUCAUCAUCAACAUGACUGCUGAAGAUGCUGGAAUGUACUCCUGUCGAUUUGGUUCAGGAUCCACCAAUGAUGGCGUUGUGCUUCUGAACGUUCUGACCAUCUCUCCAUCUUCACCAGCUGCUGAUCCAACAAAGGAUGGUGAUGUCACAUUACAGUGUUCUCUUGAUAGGUGGAGUGGGUUGGGUUCUUGUCCACAGAACAGCCUCCUCUGGGUGGAUGAGACAGGAACUGUUCUGACUGGUGAAGGUGUUGGGUACCAGUUUAGACGGACUGGCUGUGAUUCUUAUCUCACUGUGAAGCUUCAGAGCAGCAGCAACAGAAGCUACAGCUGCCAGUUUGUUGAUGGAAACACAGUGAAGAUAGAAGCUCACUACCAGCUGGAAGAACCAUCCACAGGUUCCCCAGACUGGUCUCCUCUGAGCUUCAUCAUGUUGACUCUGAGGAUCACAGCUCUGAUCCUGAUGGUUGGAAUCACUGCUGAUAUCAUCAGAACCAGAGGAAGCAAAAAGCAUCAGAAAGACAUUAAUGUUCAUUAUGCUGUUGAUGAGGAUGCAGUAGAUUAUGAAAAUGACGGAGAACGUUCUACUGCUGCCACAAUCUGACCAAGCUGACCUUCAUCAACAUGGUUUAUACUUAAAAACAUUUUAUUUUGAUUUUACAUCUGUAAAAGUGUGAUUUUCCUUUUAUUUUUGUAUCUCCUGACAAAUAAGCUACAUUUUUAAUCUUGUUGCAGAUUAUUUUUAAUCAAUGUAGAAUCUUUAAAUUUGUUCUCAGACUAAAAUCUGGAGGCAGUCAGACAGAAACUGAUUAAUGUGUCAUUAUCUCAAUCACAUCAUAUAG